AUGCCCGCCAUGUCCCUGAACACGGACGACACUAGCGAGUUGACGCACCUGACGCUGGAGAAGGAGGAGGGACCGGCCAACCUGUACGAGACGUACGUCAUGCCGUGCCUAGCCGAGUUCGUCGGGCUCCUCAUCUUCGUCUUCAUCGGUACCAUGGUAACAGGUUACUCCGCGUCUGCCGGGAGCUUGUGGCUGCUUGGCGUGGCGCUGGCGCACGGACUCACCAUCGCUCUGCUCAUCAUCGCCAUCGGACACAUCAGUGGCGGUCACCUGAACCCGGCCGUGACCCUAGGCGUGACCCUGGCCGGCGGGGUCAACGUGCUGCAGGGCGUCUGUUACGUCAUCAGCCAGCUGCUGGGAGGAAUGGUGGGAGCGGCGUUCACCAAGGCCAUCCUGCCUAACGGCACGUACGCCGGGUGUUCGGGCGGCGCGCACGCCCUGGGCGGAGGCGUGUCGGUGCCGGGAGCCGUCCUGUGCGAGACGCUCCUCACCAUGAUCCUGGUUCUCACCGUGCUGCUGGCGGCUGUGGACUCCGCCACCUCAGGCAGCGCCCUGCCGCCGCUCGCCAUCGGACUGGCCGUGCUGGUCGGGAUUCUGGCAGGCGGUCCGUUCUCCGGAGCGUCCAUGAACCCUGCCCGCGCGUUCGGUCCGGCUGUUGCCGCGGGGGUGUGGGACUAUCACUACGUCUGGUGGGUGGGGCCGACCUUCGGCGCUCUCCUGGCCGGACUGAUCUACAGGGCGUUCCUGGCCAGUGCAGACCGGCGGCUGAUCGCAGGAAACAGGAAGAAGCGGUACUGAUGAAGCGGAGGAACAUCACAAGACUUCCGGGGACCAAAAUAGCGGU